UUUUCAUCACUCCAGCAGUGAAGCACAUUCUACGAAGCCAGUGCAGAAAUGGCUCUACCCAGUAUCGCACUACUAACUGCGUUGAUCUGCAGUGCUUGUGCUGCGAGAUCAGUCGAUCAGCUUCGGGUCUGGUUUGAUCCUCAGGACUACACCAGCACCUUUGGCGAGCCGGCGUAUUUGUUUCUGUGGAUUGACGGGGUUGUGGACAGGAAUGUAACGGUGAAGUUCAACGCCGUGGACGGGGCGAGUCAUGUGAACAUAACUGCAGAGCAGUCGCACUUCUAUGAGGGUGCGAGCUACACCGAAAAGCGGACGUACGUUUCGGUAACUGGCAGCCAUCAGGGGAGAUUCAUAAUCAAGGCUGACGUCGAACCUGAAGGAAUCGUUGACCAUCGCAGGCUGUUUGCCCGGUUGAAGGUGGCCCUAAACCAGCCAUUGAUCUACAUUUCGUUGGUGAUCGGAUGGGCCUACACUGCAUGCUGGUCGAUCGGUUACUACCCACAGAUUUUCCUUAAUCAUCAACGUAAAAGUGUAGUGGGCUUGAGCUUUGAUUUCCUACACAUCAACAUCGUUGGACACAUUUGCUAUGCCGUAUUCAACUCUUUCAUGUACUGGAACAAUUACAUUGAGCAAGAAUACUUCGAUCGUCAUCCGCAAGGGUUGAACCCCGUGAUUGGAAACGAUGUAGGAUUCGCCGUACAUGCUUCGCUUGCCACCGGGUACACCAUUCUGCAGUGCUACUUCUACCCCAAGCAUGGAAAUACAGUCUCCCCAGCAGCCAAAGUAAUCGUUGGAACAUACUUCGUUAUUAUAGCGAUAGCGGCCAGCCAGGCUGUUUUCGGCGCAUUUCACUGGUUGGACUUUUUGUACAUAUUGAGCUACAUUAAGCUAUCGACGACGUUGGUGAAGUACUUCCCGCAGGCUUAUAUGAACUUCAAGCGGAAAAGCACCGAAGGGUUUUCGAUAUGGAACCGGCUGCUUGAUAUCGCUGGAGGGCUGCUUAGUAUCCUGCAGAUGGUAAUAAAUGCGUGGAAUUUCGAUGAUUGGCAAUCGAUUUGGGGUGAUCCAGUCAAAUUCGGUUUGGGAGUGUUUUCAAUUCUUUUUGACAUAGUUUUCAUUGUUCAACAUUACGUUUUAUACAGAAAAUCAGAUCACUUGGUUCAUGCUUAUAAAAGUGGGAAACGGAGAAGUAUUCAGACGAGUAAACUUUAACAACAUUUGGUGCAUUUUACUAUUUAAUAACUACCACACAGUUUUUAAUGAUUCAAAUAAUCUCAACAAAUAGUUCCUAGUUCAGGGAUAGAACAACUAACAGCCAAUAGAAGCUUAUAUUAUAAUUUCAAUUAGCACAAGUAAGCGUCACAUGUUUCGACCAAGUCUGUGCUGAAGGAAUCUAUGAUAAAAAGUCGAGUCAAGUACGAAACACUGCAGACGACCCUGCUGUCGAAAUACGUAUCUGUCAAAGGUACAAUAAAAAAGUGGAAUUGUAUAAAUUCGUCUUAUGACAAGUUCAAAAAGACGUAAUACACUUAUCACAUCAAAUUUGGAGUGAAAUGUAUUCUGUUGGUACCAAAAGACUUUUCCUAAAACAUAAACAAAAUCAAAGUUGAUGGCUAUUUUUGAAGAAGAAGUAAUUACUAUGAAACAAUAUUGUGAAUAUAUUGUUUACUGUUGUUUAUUAAUGUUAUAAUAAUCAUCCGACAGUGUAUAUAGGUCUUAAUCAAUCUUAACUCCAAAAAUCUAAAUUCUAAGAAGAUCACUUUGUCAGUCGAAGUCAAAAUUCGUCUCAUUAAAUACGAUCAUCAUUGAUCGAAUUGGUUCAUUCAGGUCGUAGUCAUGGUGUCGUCGAGGCAAACGGAACGUAUACGCAGGCACAUUGAUGUCCAUUAGCGCCAAAAUAUUGGGGGCAUCCGCUUCUCCAACCAGAACUUUGGCA